AUGGUGAAUGGCCUUCGGUUGACGACGUUGCUCUUCGUCAGGGUCGCUCUUGUGGCACUUUCGAACACUCGUGGCACAGCAGUAGCAGAGGCAGCGCCGGCGGCCCCUCGUGGCCUCGACUAUGAGCAAUGGCAGCAGAAGCAGGCCGAGCAGACCAAGCUGCCUCUACACCUGGGCUUCACGAGCCCAAUCAACGGCACUCGAGUUGAAGGUCCCAACGUAUUCCUUCACUACAAGAUCUUCAACACUCUUGAGAACAGGGAGCUGACUUCGGCUGAGGUCCGAGAUCUCUCCGUAUCAACCACGGUGUGCUUCAAGCUCCACGGCUUCAAUGACGUCCCCGAGAUCUGCGCGCCGUUGAGAGUAGCCACGGUCACGAUCAAGGACGCUCUUCCGGCCAAGUGGCACCACGUUACGGGCUCGAUCAAGGACACGAGCACGGGAAAGCUGCUAGGACUGUCGGACGGCGGUGUGUCCGUGUUCAACAACCUGAAUGGAUACGGCGUCCUUGAUAUGUGCGGCGAGAGCGCCUGCUUGGACUCGAAUGCUCUGCGGUCGGCGUACUUCGACUACGUUUACCGGCACCCUAGCUGGUACGGCCGCAUCCCUCUCACAGGAGCAUCCAAGCUUUCCUCCACCUUCUCUAUCCGGUCCGGUCUCUCCAAGGUGAUCUCCGCCUUCAACAUCAAGAGCAUGCUCGACGCGCCUUGCGGAGAUCUGAGCUGGAUGCCCUUGGUUUCCGGGAUCCAGAAUGUCCAAUACACGGGCGCCGACAUCGUAGAGAUUGCCGUGGAGACCAACCGGAAGAAAUUCGGGGCAGACAUCACAGAGAUUAGAGACGAGGACUUGAAGGUGGGAAGGGAGAUUGCCGCCGCCAUGCGCCGGGGAGAAGGCCUGAAGGACCCCGCCUUUGUCGUGGCCGAUCUCGUUGAGAGUGUGCCAGCAUCGCAGGACGGGGCACCCUUUGACCUUGUCUUUGUUAGGGACCUGAUGGUGCACCUGCCGGCCCGUCACAACCUCAAGGUCAUCCAGAAUAUCCAGGCGAGCGGGGCUCGUUUCCUGAUGGCUUCGACGUACGUGGAGGCCGACGAGAACAAACUGUCGGAGACUUUCGUGCCUCCCAUGGGGCACAACAUCAACCUCUCUUUGCCGCCGUACUGCCUGCCAGAGCCCAUGGCUGUCUUCCUUGACGACUCCACCAAGAGGACCGAUCUCCGGAUGGGCCUGUGGGAUCUCCACGAGCACUCGCCGCUUGCUCUCAGCGGGGACUGCUCGCCCACGUCUGUCGCGGUGUGAUUCUUCGUCGUUUCUACAUAGACAACAGAAAACAAGACUAGACUAUAGCUAUACGUUUGUGGUCAGUGCAUCGAACGUUCGUCGGUCCAUCUACCGUACUGCGUAAAGGUUUUGAUUGGUCAAGUAGCGUGGCGCCUGAAAAAAAUGGUUGCAGGCAAGCGUUGUUGGAAUAUGGACGCGAAUGUUGCUCUAGCCCAUAACUAGUGAUCGAUGGAUCGAUCGGCUCUUCGGUCUGUAAACAAGACGGGUUGACGUCGAUGUCGUCAGGAGUAAGCUUAUUUGAGAAUCUCUUAGUUCGAUCAACUUAGGACACGGUGCGAGUCUACGAGGAUGGGGGCGCCUUGCGGAAUCUCAAAGCUUCGAGGUACUAUGAAUAUUUGUCUGUUAUUAUUGCACUUGCAGCAUAUAUUAGAAAACGACGCGACACACACACACCCGUGUCAUUUGUCAUAGCACAUGCUCUGUGAGGUCGAUUGCAACACAGAGUUAGCUAUUGAUAUUCUAAAAAAUGCAGGUUAUUCGUAGGUAAGUGGUGGGAUAAAUCGUGGAUAUUAUAUUUGUUUUCUAACAGGUACUGGUUUUGUUGAGUGAAGGUGUAGUUCAGGAUAAUUUUGGUCCUUGCCUUUGAAGCGCAAGCAGGAGGAGAGGGUGCUUUUGGCAGAGGUCGGGAUGGGUACUUACGUACGUACUGGGUGAUCACAACAACAUGGCAGCAAGAAUGAUUGGAAGUCUUGCAUGGCAGAUAGAUGUUGUGGUAGACCACGCCGUGGUUUGGCACCUUGCAGUCUUAUCUAUGUAUGUAUGUAGGAGCUUUGUUUGUUUCACUCC